CCUUUGGUUUUCUUUAUGUUUUCAAUCUUUUAGAAUCCCUCAGUAACACACAGCCCCUGUGGAGAAGUGAGCUCUGAGGGAGCACGGGGGACAUAAUGGGCCCUAUCUCGGCAUCCAGGGCCAUCUGGUGACAGUGGAGUGUGCCCCCCACGUGGAUCGCUGCGUCCUGGCGCCAGGCAGGUCCCCUCCUCCUGCCCAGUGCCUCAUCCUGGUCUGGAGGCCUGGGGUCAUGGGCCAGGUCUCGGCCCCGAAAGGCUUGGCCCUGGGCUGGCCCAGGUACAAAGGCUUCAUCAAGGACUGCCCCAGCGGGCAGCUGGACGCAGCUGGCUUCCAGAAGAUCUACAAGCAGUUCUUUCCAUUUGGGGACCCCACCAAGUUCGCCACAUUUGUUUUUAACGUCUUUGACGAAAACAAGGACGGGCGGAUUGAGUUCUCUGAGUUCAUCCAGGCGCUGUCGGUGACCUCGAGGGGAACCCUGGACGAGAAGCUGCGGUGGGCCUUCAAGCUCUAUGACUUGGAUAACGACGGCUACAUCACCAGGAACGAGAUGCUGGAUAUUGUGGACGCCAUUUACCAGAUGGUGGGCAACACCGUGGAGCUCCCCGAGGAGGAGAACACGCCUGAGAAGAGAGUGGACCGCAUCUUUGCCAUGAUGGACAAGAACGCCGACGGCAAGCUGACAUUGCAGGAGUUCCAGGAGGGGUCCAAGGCGGACCCGUCCAUCGUGCAGGCUCUGUCCCUCUAUGACGGGCUGGUAUAGUCUAGGCCCAGAGCUGGGAUGCCUGGGAACCACGCGCCUCCUCCUGUGCCAUGAGGCCACCUCAGCCCUGAUGCCGCCCUCCCACGUCCACCCAGCCUUUCUCCGCAUCCACACCCAGCCAGGCUGCCCUGGAACCGCGAGGCCCGGCCCUCGGCCCCCCUGCCCCGCACCUACCCACCGCCCGAAGCCACUGGCUCCAGUUGCCAACAACCUCUGCUUGUCUGGAAAACAACAACACGAGACGGAAAAGGCUUCAGCCCUCUCUGCAAAACCAAGGCCUCAGCUGCUUUGCAGGCAGCCUCGGUCCCUCCCGCUCUCCUGCCUGUGUGCUUCGUUUUUUUGUUUUUAUUUCAAAUAGACAUUGAAAACAAAAAAAAAAACUACCUUCUGUUCUAGAAGAUUCGGACCGACAGAUGGGAAGAAGGCCUUGGGGACCUUAGAGAACUCUGCCUCGUCCUUCAGUCGCUGAGAGGCCACGGAUGUCAUGACCUGACCGCGGGUGGGCUGGGGGGUUUGGUGGGGGGGGGGCUGCCUGAUUAACGUUAUUUGUCAUCCCAUCCUGAAGCAGCAAACCACCUGCGAAGCCAGGGGCAUCGAUUAGGAUGAUGAUGAUUUUUGUGAUAACAGUAUUGUGCUUUUCGUGGGGAAAGUGAGGUUUUGUUUUGUUUUUUUUAUAUAUACAUAUAUAACUGAUACCUUUUA